AUGGCAUCAACAUCAACUACAACAACAGCAACGGCAACAACGAUAAUACUCUCAUUUGGUUGGAAUUCGACGGGCACAACCGUAGUUUCCGAUGCAUCCGGCGGACCAACUGCUUUGGCCAUUGAUUCAUCUAAUGCACUCUAUGUUGCUGAGACUAGUCUAAAUCGGAUUCAAAAAUAUGUUAUUGGAUCAUCGAAUACCAGUACAACAGUAGCUGGUCAGACGAAUGGUGCAUCGGGUAAUACAUCUGCUUUCCUGAAUUAUCCUAUUGGUGUAGCUGUGGAUUCAAAUGAUAAUGUCUAUGCAUUAGACAAAUAUAAUAAUCGUAUUCAACUAUGGAAUAGCGGUGCGUCGAAUGGCGUAACAGUUGCAGGCUUCAAUGGCUCAGGAAAUGCACUCAAUCAACUCAUCUUUCCCUAUUGCUUCAUGCGCGAUCCAAACACAGGCACACUUUACAUUUCGAACAACGGUAAUAAUCGUGUGGUGCAAUAUCUUUUAAAUGCAUCGAGCGCAUCUCCCUCUGGUGUAUACUUCGAGUCAUCAUCAAAUAACCUUGUCAUCGCUAACUUUCUCGGGCACAAUACAGUUCAUUGGAAAUUAGGUGCUAGCAAUUGGGCAUUAAUUGCCGGUACGACUGGGGUAUCUGGCAGUUCAUCAACAACGCUUAACAAUCCGAUGGGUUUAACACUUGAUCCAUAUGGCAACAUCUAUGUAGCUGAUCAAAGUAAUAAUCGCAUACAAUUCUUCAGCAAUAAUUCAAAUGGUAUUACCAUUGCAGGAACUGGAACAACAGGAAAUAGUGCUACAACUUUGAAUGGUCCAAGUGCAGUGGCAUUAGACUCGCAACUAAAUCUCUAUGUAGCUGACGCUGGAAACCAAAGAAUACAAAAGUUUUCACGUAGUUAA